UUGCCGUAAAGCCAACCUCGUGUUCAUUGGAGCAGUUGACCUGACCCUGUCAAGAUGGACAUCUUGAAUGUUUCGGAAAUUUCUACGGGAUCCUCGGAUCUGGACAUGAGUGAAGAUAUCCCCAAAGACACACCAGGGCCAGAGUUUAGUGUCGCCUUCCUAGCUCUGAUCGUUUUCUCUGGACUGACUGUCACCACCAAUAGUCUCAUCCUGGCUGCCUUCUACGUCGAGAAGAAACUGCGGACAUACACCAACUGCUACAUCUUCAACAUGACUAUUGCAGAUUUGGUCGUGGGACUAUUCUGCAUGCCCAUACUUUCUACGAUCCAUCUCUUCAACGGUUGGCCCUUUGGGAAGGUGGCGAGCAUUCUGUUCAUGGGGUUCCAGAACUCGAUCUUGGCUGUGUCCGUGUGUGGUGUUGUCGUGGUGUGCAUUGAUCGUUACUUAGCUACGUUCUUUCCCAUCCUGCACUACCAGAGACGGAGUAUCCGCAAGGCUGUGGUGGUCAACAUGCUCACGUGGGUCGCAUCAUUCGGAGUCUGGAUGAUGGUCACGUCCGGUUGGGACUUCAUCAAGCCAACCAACCUUGUCAUCUCCUCUGGCCUCUCCAGACCAAACUACAACCUGACCUACACGGCAAGCCUUCUUGUAUUCUUUCUGAGGUUCGGAUUGCCGUUUCUUCUGAUGACUGGUCUGUACAUCCGAAUUUACUUCCGUGUUAAAAACAUCGGCAGUAAAUACCUCACAAAGUAUUUUAACAGGGAGAGGGGCGUUGAAAAAGGACAUGCAAAAUCCGCUCCCCUGAGAAGGCCUAAAGACAGGCGCCCUCCCAGCCCCGGUGAACUUGAUGGAUCGAAAACCUCAGUGACAUCGAUUGAAGAAACAGCUAUCUCAAGUGUCUCUCUGGAUAUGAUGAGCAAUGCAGGAGCGACUAAGGGUGUCGAGAAUCCACAGAUCGGGGACGAAAAGUUUUCAAAUGGAAUUGGAGGCUUGGCCUCCGACGGUCCGACACGAACAUUUAAGACCAUGGCAAGAGACGAGGAAGAUAAUGUGAAGUCUCGGAGCAACGCUAUUUCGAAGGAACCCAAGAAAGAAUCAAGAACCGAAGGACGAAAGGCAAUGCGGACCAUGAGCAUGAUUGUCCUGGUGUUUAUUCUGACCUGGCUACCAACGGCAGUCUCGGUCACCAUGUACGCUCUGGCCCCUGAUUUCUACCGAACCAUCAGUAAGUCCAUCAGGUUAUCUGAGAUAACACGUUGGAUUGCCUUCAGCAACAGCCUGGUGAACCCUUUGGCUUAUGCCAUGGCUCAACCACUCUUCAGGAAAACCAUCAUCAAGAUCCUACGGCGUUGUGUUAAUAGAAAAUCUCAGAAAUAG